AUCACCGUCAGGCCUUUCGUCUCACAACAACCUUACGAGUUAAUUAAAAACCACGCCUGCCGACAUCGUCGCGAAGCACGACACAGGCGUGAUACACUCGACCCGCUUGCUUUUAUUCCCCUCGCUCCCUACCUACGCGAGGAUGGAUCUCCUAUCGACCGUGCGAAAAUCUGGGUCGCGUGGCGGUGUCAACUUUAGCUGGGACGAUGUCGCCACCUCGGCACACCGCGAGAACUAUCUCGGCCACAGCCUCAAAGCCCCUGUGGGCCGCUGGCAACAGGGGCGCGACCUGGCAUGGUACGCCAGGGGCGAUUCCAAGGGCGAUGACCCCAACGAGACCGAUGACCAGAGGCGGGAGCGGGAGCGGCGCGAGGAGAUCCGGAAGGUCAAGGAAGUCGAGGAGGACGCCAUCGCGAAGGCGCUGGGCCUGCCGAUACCACAGCGCGAUACCUCGGGUGCCAAUGCCAUCGAGGUGACCGGAUCGAGGGUUCCAGCCAGGGAGGCUGUCGAGGAGCCCACAGCGAAACCGCGACCUUCAGCCCGGGAGCGGGAUGAGCCGAGAGAUGGCCCUUCACGGAAGUCGCGGGACCCUGAGCGGCAUCGGAGGAGACACAGGAGCCGGGACAGGGACAGGGACAGGGACAGGGACAGGGAUGGGGAUGGGGAUAGGGACAGGCCCAGGGACAGAGAUCGUAUUCGCGAUCGGGAAAGAAGACAGGUCAGGUCACGGGAAGGACGGCAUUGGGACGACGGCGCCAGGCGGCGAAGUAGGAGCCGUGACCACGAUCGCCAUGCGCAGGAGAGGAGGCACAGAAAGGACUACGCGCGAAGCCGGAGCCGGGAUCGCGACAGGCGGGACAGAAGGAAAAGGAGUUUAAGUAGAGAUCGGGUUAGGGCCAGAUCUUCUGAGCGACGCCGAAGUGGAAGCCCGCUCCGACAUCGUGAGAGGUAAUCGAACGAGGCGUACCGCAGGGGUUGACCAGCUUCUGGUCAUCGGCCACGAUCAAAUUCGAUGUGCGGGCGAUUGAGGCCUAAAUCUGUACAUAUGUAGGUUGACGACCGAAAUGCGCAUAUCUUAGCAUGCGCCCAUCAGUUCUAAGGUCUAAGCUGGACGUCCAAGACUUGUAAUACCCACGGUUGACAGUCAGUAUGUUGCUUCGUAUGUUGCAGGUCAGUGCUUCUUGCUCGAAGGUGUGGCAUAGUUCGCGGCUAUGGCCGGAUAUAACGGGUUUUGCA